AUGGUUACAACCGCGAUACUGUCUCCACAGACGCAGUCCAUGACCAUGAAAGUUCUCUACGAUUAUUCAUCUGCGACUUUCCGCUUGGUACCCGGAAGAUCACGAGUACCUGAAUCUAGAAACACAGCGAUCUUGGUGAUACUCAUCGUGGCAACGUCGUCUGGAUAUCACGUCAAUUCGAAGCAAGAUUCGAUUUUUGAGAAAAGUUACAGAACUACGAAUACGCGACCGCAGACGUACUACAAGCAAGAAUGGAACGAUCAUGUUGCCAAAGAGAAAAGCUGCAGAGCCUUGGAAAAGAUGGAUCGGGGAUCAAGAUCGACGGAAUCCGUCGAAAGAAUGUACGAUCCGUACGACGAGUUCCUGGAGGACCAGCAAGCAGAAGCAGGGAGCCUCGAAGACAUCGUCGUCAACAGUGACUUCAAAGAAGCUCUAAACGGCAGAUAUUCCGUGUCGAAACCCGACAAGAUACCAGAGGACGGUCAAAUUCUAGGUCACGACGUGCACGAGGACGUGCACAAGAUGGUAACCGUGGUGAAGAAAGUGGCAGUUCCCUAUCCGGUCGAAAAACUGAUACGAUACCCUGUCGUGAAGAACAUACCGUACCCCGUUAAAGUCCCCGUAGCUCAACCUUACCCAGUCGAGAAGAAAGUACCGUACCCAGUAAAAGUCUUUGUCAAGGUUCCAGUAAAAAUUCCGAAACCGGUACCGGUGAUCAAGGAAGUCCCUUAUCCGGUCCAGGUGCCAGUCGAUCGCCCGGUGCCUGUCAAGGUUUACGUACCGGACCCGUACCCGAUCGAAAAGAAAGUUCAUUACCAGGUGAAGGUGCCUGUACCCGAACCGUUCCCUAUCGAACGAAAGAUUCCAGUAGCGGUGAAGGUACCAGUGCACGUGCCCCAACCGUACCCCGUGGAGAAGGUGGUGCAUUAUCCUCUAAAGAUUGAAGUCGAACAACCGAUACCGGUACCAGUGCCUAAACCAUAUCCCGUACCAGUUUCUAAACCCGUUCCUUACCCGGUUGACAAGCCAGUGCCUGUACCAGUGACAGUCAAGGUACCACGACCUGUGCCUGUGCCCGUUGAUAAGCCUGUCCCUGUCAAAGUGAAGAUCCCGGUGCCAGCACCGUAUCCUGUGGAAAAGGAGGUACCCUACACUGUUGAGAAACCAGUACCAGUACCGGUGAAGAUACCAGUUGACAGGCCUAUACCUGUACACGUGACGAAACCUGUCGCUUAUCCAAUCGAGAAGCUUGUUCCUUAUCCGAUCAAGGUACCCGUUGAAGUACCAGCUGAGGCAGAAGGGGCUCAUCAUCACGGUUGGAAGUAACGAAUAGGA